CCUGCAAGCCGCCGUAAUCUUCCCGAAUGGCUGCGCGUUGACGUAAGCUCUGCGGAAAGGAGAGGGUGGGAGAAGUAGUUCGCCAUCUUGGGCUCUGUUCUGAGGCGCUGGGAGAGAGUGAAGGAUUGUACAACCUGAUGUCCUCAAUUUGAUGCCGGACUGCAGAUCUCAGAAUCUCUUGGGUCGGUGCUUGUAGCCUUCCUGAAUUGGCCUUUCGUCUAUAACAGUGCCCCUGACUUCUGCACCAGCUUCAUCAUGGCCUUUCUAAUAAGAUCUAGCUUUUUAAGCAUCAUGGGAAGGAAAAACUAAGAAUAAUUCACCAUGAUUGGAGGACUGUUCAUAUAUAAUCAUAAGGGCGAGGUCCUUAUCUCCAGGGUGUACCGAGAUGACAUUGGCAAUAGGCGGAAUGCUGUGGAUGCCUUCCGUGUUAAUGUCAUCCAUGCCCGGCAGCAAGUGCGCUCGCCUGUCACUAACAUCGCCCGUACAAGUUUCUUUCACGUUAAACGUUCAAACAUCUGGCUAGCUGCAGUCACCAAACAAAAUGUCAACGCUGCCAUGGUCUUUGAGUUCCUUUACAAAAUGUGUGAUGUCAUGACUGCAUACUUUGGAAAGAUCAGCGAGGAAAACAUAAAGAACAACUUUGUGCUGAUCUACGAGCUGCUAGAUGAAAUCCUAGAUUUUGGUUACCCUCAGAAUUCUGAAACAGGAGCACUAAAGACUUUCAUCACCCAACAAGGGAUUAAAAGUCAGCAUCAGACCAAGGAGGAGCAGUCUCAGAUUACCAGCCAGGUGACUGGUCAGAUCGGGUGGAGACGUGAAGGAAUUAAGUAUCGUCGAAAUGAGCUGUUCUUAGAUGUGUUAGAGAGUGUCAAUCUGCUAAUGUCUCCUCAAGGGCAGGUACUUAGCGCUCAUGUGUCUGGGCGUGUGGUGAUGAAGAGCUACCUCAGUGGAAUGCCAGAGUGCAAGUUUGGAAUGAAUGAUAAAAUAGUAAUUGAGAAACAAGGCAAAGGAACCGCCGAUGAGACUGGCAAAACGGGAAAACAAUCAAUUGCCAUUGACGACUGUACAUUCCACCAAUGUGUCCGGCUUAGCAAAUUUGACUCUGAGCGCAGCAUUAGCUUUAUACCUCCUGAUGGAGAAUACGAGCUUAUGAGAUAUCGAACCACAAAGGACAUCAUCCUACCAUUCCGUGUCAUCCCUCUUGUUCGUGAGGUGGGACGUACAAAGCUUGAGGUCAAAGUGGUCAUCAAAUCUAACUUUAAACCUUCACUUCUGGCUCAGAAGAUUGAGGUGAGAAUUCCAACUCCACUCAACACCAGCGGAGUACAGGUCAUCUGUAUGAAGGGAAAAGCAAAGUAUAAGGCCAGUGAGAACGCCAUUGUCUGGAAAAUAAAGCGCAUGGCUGGUAUGAAGGAAUCUCAGAUCAGUGCAGAGAUUGAGCUGCUUCCUACCAAUGAUAAGAAGAAAUGGGCUCGGCCUCCGAUAUCCAUGAACUUUGAGGUCCCAUUUGCUCCAUCUGGCCUCAAAGUGCGUUACCUGAAGGUGUUUGAACCAAAACUAAACUACAGCGACCAUGAUGUGAUCAAAUGGGUGCGAUACAUUGGCCGCAGUGGGAUCUAUGAGACACGGUGUUAAUGCUUCACAAAGCUGACAACGGAGUGGCCCCAGCUCUAAAUCUGAAUUCCUUUCAUUCAAUAAAGGAAGUCAACACGCUAACCAAGGGGUCUGAAUGGGCAGGAUUUGAAGGUGUCAGAUAGCCCUUCCUUUAUUCCCACCUGAACAUAAUAACAACCUUUGCUCCAUUAUACUUUUACUUUGUUCCAUUGUUUAGCAUUGGAGGGCAUCAUCAUUUAUAAGGUGUGCUCCCUUUGAUAUGGAAUAUCCUCUGGGCCAUAGUUUCAGCCUGGUGUGUCAAUAACCACCUGACAUGCUGCCCAGUCCGUAUCUUCUCUAAUGCCCAUCUGUGAAUAUUGAUAACAGAUAGUAUUCUUGUUUAGUCUAGUGCUUUCCACUACCAUCCCAACCCUACUCAUCAUGGAACUGGCAACCUUCUUGGGUUGACUGUUCCCUAGUAUUUCUUUCAUAUAUACAAUUUUCACACUGUCAAAGGCCAGCAGAAUCUUUCCAGAGCAGCAGGAACAACUGAGCAGAAGUUUUAGAGCAUUCGGCUGAGUAUGUGGCAUGGAAGGUUUCGCACUGUUUUUAAAUGUACCGCGCUAUUUUAUGUGACCAAAUAAGAGGUGAGGGAUACUUCUACAGGUGCUUAUGUUACUGCUGAAGGUUGCAUUAGAAAGAAUAAAUUGUGUACACAUUGCACUUCUGUGUCCUUUGGCUCCUGCAGUAACGGGGAGUGAAUGGAUUUAACCAUAUCAUGGCCAGAGUUGCACAGGAAUGGUUUUGCUAUUUGUGGCAGUGUGACUUCCCCUCACAUUUCUGUGCUCCUUGUGUUGUGAUUUGCUCUGUUUUUCUUUGUGACUCUCAAACUGUACAAGUAAUAAACAGUGUAGAACUCA